UUCGCCGGCCCAGACGAGCGAGGUCUAGCGGAGCCUGAGGCCAGGAAGAUGUCUGCCCACAGAAGGGUGGAGGCGACAGUUCUGGCUUGGGCUUGGAUAUCCUGGAUGGCCUCCAUCGCGCUCUUCAUGGGUCAGAUCAGGUCGGAGGUCGCGGCCACCGGGGUGCAGCUGGACGGCGACCUCAUCCUGGGAGGCUUGUUCCCCGUGCACGAGAAGGGGGACAAGACGCCGUGCUCGUCCGCCGUGUACGACCGCGGGCUGCAGCGCCUGGAGGCCAUGCUGUACGCGGUCGACCUGAUCAACAAGGACCCCGUCCUCCUGCCCAACAUCACGCUGGGCGUCCACAUCCUCGACACCUGCUCUAGGGACACCUACGCCCUCAACCAGUCGCUGGAAUUCAUCCGCGUGUCGCUGGACGCGCUGGACACCUCCGGGCUCGAGUGCUCGGACGGGAAGGAGCCGCGGGUCAAGUACCGAGCCAAGCCCGUGCGCGGCGUCGUCGGCGGCUCCUACUCGUCCGUGAGCCUCCAGGUGGCCAACCUGUUCCGCCUGUUCCACAUCCCGCAGGUGAGCCCCGCCUCCACCGCCCGGGCGCUCUCCGACAAGGACCGCUACGAGUUCUUCGCGCGCACGGUCCCGCCGGACACCUUCCAGGCCAUGGCCAUGAUGGACGUGAUGCAGCUCUUCAACUGGUCCUACAUCUCCACCAUCUACUCCGAGGGCUCCUACGGCGAGUUCGGCAUCGAGGUCAUCCACAACCUGGCCGGCGCGAGGAACAUCUGCAUCGCCGUCUCCGAGAAGAUCCCGCACAACGCCGACCACCGCCUCUACGAGGACAUCGUGAUGAGCCUCCUGAAGAAACCCACGGCGAGGGCGGUGGUCCUCUUCACGCGCGCCGAGGAUGCAAGAGGAGUCCUGGCAGCCGCCCACCGCCUGAACCUGACGUCCCACUUCCACUGGAUCGCGUCGGACGGCUGGGGGAAGCAGAGUCACCUGGUGGAGGGGCUGCAGGACGUGGCUGAGGGCGCCAUCACCGUCGAACUCACGAGCCAGCGCAUACAAAUGUACCCAGAAAUUACCACCACCCAACCCUCCAGUAUCGGGGAAGCGUGGACGGCAGCCGUGGCCUCCCGACGCCACCAACCGGAGUCUCCCUUGGUGCCUCACCUUAUUAGCAACCAGAGACUCACUUCCCACCGUGUAUUGGCUAAUGAAUCUUCAAUGAGCGGAGAAAUCCCUUGUGAAUUCUGUAUGAGACCUUCGGAGACUGGAGAUCGAAACGUGGAUGAAGGUUUAAGAAAGGGAUUUGAUAUAAAACUACGAAUUAUUCGAUGUAUUAAUGUGAUCAGCUUAAGACCGUGUAUUGAGGUCCUGAUGAUGCUGAAGAGAUGUGACAAGGUGAUGUAUGGUGCAACUGUCGUGAUGUGCAACGUCAAGGAGAGUAAACCUGCACGUUGGCUUUUCUACGAUUACAGAUAUUGUAUCAAGAUUACAAUUACUGAGGCAAUUGGUUACGGUAUUGAUAUUGAUGAAAGGUUCGGCGUCGGCUUCGGCUUCUCGAUGAUCUACGGGGCGCUCCUCACCAAGACCAACAGGAUCUCCAGGAUAUUCGACUCCGCGUCCAGGUCAGCGCGCCGACCCGGGUUCAUCAGCCCCAAGAGCCAGGUCAUCAUCACGUGCUCUCUUGUGUCCGUCCAGGUGGUGGCAACGGUGGUGUGGCUGAUCAUCGAACCCCCAGGAGCCAGGUUCGACUACCCAACCCGCGACCAAGUGAUUCUCAAGUGUAGGAUCAAGGACUCUUCGUUCCUGCUGUCUCUCGUCUACAACAUGUUCCUCAUCACCACCUGCACCGUCUACGCCGUCAAGACACGCAAGAUCCCCGAGAACUUCAACGAAAGCAAGUUUAUAGGUUUCACGAUGUACACCACCUGCAUCAUCUGGCUGGCCUUCGUUCCCAUCUACUUCGGGACGGGGAACUCCUUCGAGGUCCAGAUAACGACGCUAUGCAUAGCAAUAUCCUUAUCAGCCUCGGUGGCGCUGGUAUGCCUCUACUCGCCCAAGAUCUACAUCAUAGUCUUCCAUCCCGACAAGAACGUGCGAAAACUCACUAUGAACAGCGCCACCUACAAGAAGGGACCCACUGCCUCGAGCGCCGUCUCCGUCAACCACGUUGCAGAAAUGACUCCAAGUCGUGACGAGCGCAGCCAGCAGGUCGGAGGGGGUGAAGCUGCACACGGUGCCGGCGACGCCCUCGCGCACGGCCACGGAGGGAGGCAGCCAGGGGGCGACGGAGAACGAGGCUCUGCUCUGAAGGAGACUCCGAUCGACUAGGACUAUCCAUCCCUGAAGAACCGUCGUUACCGUAGGCUGCGAGGAGACGGGCGGGCGGCGGCCGAGGCUCCCCGGCGGCAGCACCCGAGCCACGAGGGCGUCCGAGCACCAGGAGCCACGUCGCGGAGGCGCCGGCAUCUCGCGGGCGCGUCGCGGUGCUCGCCGCUUCCCUCGAAUCCAGAGUGGCUUGAGCGAGAAAGAAAGACAAAAGUGAAAAAUAUAUAUUUAGGUAUAAUAGAAAAAAUGUUCAUCGUCUUCAGGAUUUUGUGACAUAAUUUACAUCCGGAAGUUUUUCGACGCAGUUAAGACUUACUGGACCAUCUGGGCCGCUGUGAUAACGGCUAAAAGCCAUAUUUAAUCCCCGACAAUAGUCGUAGACGUCAAUAACCAGGUAAAAAAAAAAGGACAGAGGGUUACCUCAUAAAGACAAAAAAAAAAAAACACGUACGUUUUUUAUCUUUCCUUCGAGGGAACUUAACGACAGACGAUGUCAGCGCCAACCUCGCUGUGAUUGUUAUAGGUGAAGGAAAAACCGUAAACUGCGCAUCCAAGUUCCCUCGAGUCAUCUGAAGCGAGUGAAGUGAAGCCCCGUGCGAUGAUGGACAGCGAAGCGAGCGAGGGCGGCCAUGUCCCGGAUGUCCCAGUCAAGUGAGGUGAGGCGGACCCCGUCGUCGUCGCCGCCGAAGGACUUCUUCUUCAAGGAGGUUGCUAAACAGAGAGCAAGAUGCCUGUUCUGCCGAGGACGACUUCGCGAAGGAGGAGCUGAAUGAAGAGAUCUUGUAGUAUUCCCGUUUCUAUUUCCAAGGUGUUUUUUUUUUUUUAGGGUAGUCCGUUCUUUCCCGAUGACUAUGAAACAACCAUAUCAGUAGCAUUACUUAAUUGUUAAGGUUAACAGAGCUGCCAAGCAUAGGUGUGUGUAUUUGUCCCGGUCAGCUCUUCGUGGAAAUAUUCCUCCCCCCCCAAAAAAAUAGUGAUUUGACGCUGGUGAUUAUGUGAUUGCGUGCUUUAAGGAAGAUAAUGACACAGACGGCGAUACGCUGAUGGUCCUUAUUGCUCUCGUAUUCAUCGCGUGAGGUCCGCUUGGAGAGGAGAGGCGCUGAACCUGCUGCGGUCAGGUGUUCGAGCAGCAGCACCGAGUGGGACUUCACCGCGACCGUGAAUAUUUUACUCUUACUCGCCGGAGGAAAAAGGACUCUGGAGACGUGAGUCCUCGGAGAUCCGUGAGGACUGAGAUCCAAUCCAUCUGACGACAAUCCAGGAGCAAUGAUGGCGAUGCCGUUGUAAUUAUAAUAAAAAAAAGAUUUAACGAAAUGAACAUUCGUCUUCUCUGAUCGGAUUAAAGGUCCUUGUAAUAGAUAAAAAAAAAAAAAGAAUCAAUAGAAAAUCGAACUUUCCUCAAUUGAUAUUCCAUCAUCUGAAAAAAAAAAAAAA